ACGUGCUCAUUCUUUGGAUCCAAGCACUACGUUGCAGCAUCAUCAUAAUCAGCAUGAUCAACAGCAGCAACAGCAGCAGCAACAAAUGCGUCAUCAACGAGGGGCCACUAUGCCAAUAAUCCCAACAACUGCUACAGCAGAUGAAUGGUCACCUACAGACGUAUUCCAAUCAUGUAAAUGUUGAUCAAUGAUCUAUAACCAGAUAAUUGCUGACCUAAGCUCCUCUAGUUCUCUACUUAUUUUGAUACUGAAAAGUAUAAAUCAUUUUACUUAUUCAUCAACCAUUAUGUAGAUCCUGCUGUGCUGAUCCAACACGGAUUCUCCAUCGACACUCUCGAGAUCGGCACUUGGAAACGCGUCAUGCUACAGCCCAACGAUCUACAAUGCUACUGUGAUCUGGUCCAGCGAAACAUGACCUGGGUAAUUCAGGACGGCUCCUACUCUUUCAAAAUGACAUUUGACUUGGACGCAGUCCAGACGAUCCAGCUCGAACCCAUUACAAACGAACGUCUGGAGAUUCAACUCACUCUGGACGAAGAGAAAUGCGGAACGAUGGCAUUCUUUAUGCAUGAUCCCUUGACUGGAUGGACUCGGUGUCGCGAUUUUACUCAAGAUAAACAGGCUACCUCGGUUAGAGUACAUCGUUUAUCAGGCCCUGCAUUGAAUAUCUGGGCCGAAUGGCAAUCGUUUUUGCAAAAUAUGCCUGAUACUGACCCAUUUCAUCAGAAAAUGUUUAUAACCUCUGCUGCUACUACCUCUUCUUCCUCUUCUUCUUCUUCUACUACUACUGCUGCUGCUCUUACCGCCAAUCCUAUUACCACCACUACGUCUUCUACUUCUAUCUCUACAACUACUGCUACAGCUACUUCUACUACAGAUCCAAUUACUGAUAACUCUGAAACACCUACAAUUUCCAUUAGUCAAAAUCCCUAAAAAUCUACCUCCCCCCGCACUUUUGCUUAUUUGCUUCAUUUUUACUUGACCCGGGCUGUUCUAUUCUUCUUUUCUGUUGUAGUCAUUAUGGAAUAUAUACCCUUUCUUUUUUUUUGCUGGA